AUGGAGCUGCUUAUCCAAUUCGGGUCCGAAACCGAGACCAGAGACAAUCAAGGCUGUACAGCACUUCAUCUAGCAGCAGCUGAGGGCAAACAAGACACCAUAAGAGUGCUAAUCAACCAUAAGGCAAAAAUCGAAGCCAAGAACAAGGCUGGCUGCACUCCGCUUUACGAAGCAUGCAACUAUAACUACGAUCUCGCAGCGAAGGAGCUUAUAGAAGCGAAAGCGGACGUAAAUGCUGAGAAUGGCGAGGCAAAUACACCACUCCAUGUCGCAGCUGCUAAAAACUUCUUCAACAUUGUAGAAGUACUACUCGUAGAAAAUGCGGGCACUGACCUGAAGAAUAAAUACGGCAAAACUGCACUUCAGGUAGCAACAGAAAACAUGGCUUGGGAUGUAGAAGAACUUCUUUCUUCACUAAUAUUCUCUUAA